UGAGAGUUUCAUUUGCAUAUUCCAAUUUCAUUUCCUGUUUUUAUGAGUUUGGUCACUGAAAUGCGGACGUCUGACAAGCCCUCGUGGAUAUAAGCUUUCGUCUUUGCUUUAUAACGAUAUCAAUUUGGCAAAUCCACUUCAACCAACGGCAAGAUGUCUUGCCGGAUAAUUCAACGAUGGUUAAUCGUCUUUGGCUUGUCUCUGAUGGCAGUUGAAGAUUGUCAAAGUUUUUUUAUGCGGCAAAGUAGUUCGCCGAAAGAGUGUAUAACUAGAGAGGAGAGUCUGAUAUACAAUGAACCACGUCAUGCACUUCCUUCCUGGGUUAUAAUGACUGACAAUUGCUUGGAUGAUAAAGCACAGUUUCGUUACAAGAAUACAGAAAUAUUGUGGCAUAUCGAGUCGGGGGGGGCGUUGUUUUCUACCACAGCUAAAUCAUAUAGGAAUCGUUUAGCGAUAUAUGUGGCAAUAUCAACAACUGCAAAAGACAACCAAAAACUCAGUAGUCAAAAAUUGAAACAAACAAGCGCUGGAUCUUUGUAUUUUUACAAUGACGGAAAUCACGGGAUAUGUGCUGAGCUUUCUGGAGAUUAUCUGUAUAGAAGAACAUAUUGCGACGGAUUGCGGCAGACGUUUACUUUUGGUUCAGUGACAAAGUACGGUAACAAAAUGAAGGAUGUUAAUUGCUCUCCAAAACAACGUAUGGUGAUCCACAAAGCAUAUUAUGGCAACUUCAACAAUAGCGGUGCAUUUAACAGUAGAGCCCAGAGUGAUGCACAAUGCACUGCAGUGACAAGUUGUAGGUUGAAAUCUCUUUGUGGUGGAAAGAAAUCUUGUGAACUGACCGUUGACAAUAAUUUACUGCCAAACCUGUGUCCUAACACAAGGGAAGAGCUUUAUACCGAGUACACUUGUGUGGAUAACUAUACAAGCCCCGUAACAACAACAGUUUCAGGACUUCAAAUUAGAUUAUCAAGCGGCUACAUAGGCUACCUCUACAUAUACGAAAAAACAUGGGUGAUAGUAUCUGAAGAAAAUUUGGAUGAAAACAGUGAGAGGUGGAUAUGUCAACAUUUAGGAUUUCAAGACCGUCUCAACAAUAGAGUUUCUUUUGGAAAUGCUCGUAAUGGUAGGAGUAUCGUAGCUGGGGACUUGGUUUGUUAUAACACUCAGUCCGGAGAAACGUCGUGUUGUGUUUAUCUUCAACGUAAAACAGCGAAAUCAGCUGAAAAAUUACCAUAUGUCGAAUGUAAGAUUUGUGACAAUCAGUUACUAAACGACGAGGGAAAUUUUCCAAAUUCCAUUUUUGAUGGUAAUGGAGGUAAUGAUUUUCUUAAAGCAAGGUUUACUAAAACUGGCUGGUGUUCUUCGACGCCUGGCUCAUAUCUCACGAUCGAUCUUCAAAAAGAAUAUCACAUAACACGAGUUGUAGUCAUGGGUGAUAAAGAUCAGACAAAAUGGAGUGGAUCAUAUUCACUGAAAUACAGUCAUGAUGAAAGUUUUGUGGAUGAAAUACAGAUCAAAGGAAACCAGAACGGUUAUCAAGCAUCGACUACAGACGUUGAUAUUUAUAAUGUGAGAUAUAUUAAGAUUCAAUCAACUGGAAACACAGACUUUUGUCUCAGAAUAGAACUCUGUGGAGUGGUUCAACGUCCAGGUUCCGUGUACGAUGUUCGAAUUAAUCCUUCCAAGAAUUCAGCACUAGUGACUUGGAAAUUACCAACUUCCUCCAGCUCAAGUUAUAUAAAAAAUCUCAAAAUAUAUUUGGACAGAAGGCAUCUCGAAUCCGUUCAACGAGGAAAUGAGUAUAAUAUCAGUAAUCUUCGGCCAUAUGCUUCAUAUGAAGUUGGAAUUGAAGCCGUAGACGAUUAUCGUCAGAAGAGCAGAGUUGUAUACAAAACAUUUAGGACAAAAGAAGCAGCUCCCAGUGAACGCCCUUAUAAUGUUAAACUCACAGCCCGAAGUCAAACCUCGUUAAAGAUAACCUGGGCGGCUCCUCGUAAAAGUUCAUGGAAUGCUGAGAAGCUGACAGGAUUUGAAGUUUGCUAUUAUAUUCAUGAAAAUAUAAAAAGUCCGAUAUGCAUUUCCGUCAUCACGACAUCCGCCAUCACGACCUGGAAAACAUAUACAUAUACUAUAAAUGGACUUCAACUGUCUACUAAGUACUUCGUGACAGUCUCGGCUGCUACAGUUGGUGGUGUUGGCCCGAAAAGUACAGCAGUCAGUGGAAUAACUGAUGGAGAGCCUGUUAAACUUCUCGAAGAUACCUCCUCAACUUUAAGGAUAAACAUUUCGAAACAAGCAGAUUAUAUCAAAAGUGUAAUCAUCAUUGUAAAAAUUGACUCAGGAGAAACGACACCGGUUGAAAACAUCAAAACCAACUCUCUCAGAUCUAACAAGUCUACAAGCGAUGGCAAACCUUAUAUCACUGCUUAUUUGAAAUCUGAUGUUCUACCCAAGAUGUUUGUGAUCGGCGAUGGCGAAAAAUAUAAUUCUAAAACAGAAAUAUAUUCGAACCAACCGUUAACAAACAAUACAAAAUAUAUCGCGUUCCUAAGAUUUUUUGAAAGCGAGGAAUAUAACAAUGAAUACUAUUCGACGGCUUGGAGCAAAAGUGUUAAGACUUCUGCAAAACCUCCAGCUCCAUUUGAUUUAAAUGUUAAAUCAACUGACAAAGGCAAGUACAAGAUAUCCUGGUCAAUAUCACUGCGUACUGACCAGACUGUCACGAAGUACGAUGCAGCGCUGGUAGCGGCAACAGUUGGAUCCAAAAAGAAACCAGUGGAGAUCUCGACAAACGAAAAAUCAGUCACAGUUGAUGUUAAUUAUGAUACGAAGUACACGUUUGAAAUUCGCCUUGAAACUGAAGCUGGAAGCAGUGAAUUGGAAAAAAAAACCUGGUUUUCUCAUUCGGAACCGAUUGCCCCUCAAAAGAAUAAUGAUGGCACUUACACAGUUAUACUUACAAAGCCAAAAGUAGAAAAUAUAAGAACUGUUUCAUUGGUGGUCCUUCGGCUUCCGCCAGCCUCAACUCAAAGCCCUGCACCGGAAGAUGUGGAGUUAAAAGGUCCAGACGAGGCUGCUGGUGAAAAUGACGCAUUCGUUGCGAAAGAAUAUAAUAUAAGUCAGUUUAAAAGUUCAAAUACGAUAGAAAUCGUACUUCGAAAAUCGUCGGAGAAGAACAAACGUAGAAAAAGAGAUGCUGAUGAGGUUUAUGAACUUAAACCAGAUGCGACUUACAGAUCAGCCCAAAUGAAUGAAGACAAAUCUGAGAAACGAUUCUGGUCAUUUUGGAGUGCGCCAAUGACUUUCGACAAAGAUGAAGGCACUGGUGAUGGCGGCGAGCGUGAGGAAACUGAUGACAGUGGUAGUGGUAGUGGGGGUAGUAUAGGGAUAGCAGUGGGUGGAACAUUUGCCGCGAUUGCUAUCGUUGCUGCCGUGAUUAUUGCUGUUUUGUUUUUCAGAAGAAGACGCAGGAGAACUCUAAGACAACAUAAAGCAGAUUCACCAGAGAAACUUGAUGAAAUGAAAGCAAUCAACGUUAAUGGUAACAAAUAUGAUGAUGAACCAGAAGAUGUUCAACCUGUAAAUGGAAAUAAUGAGUGCAUCUAUUCAAAUGACUCUGGUAACGUUGACAGAAAGGGACAUCAACCUGUUCCAAUUGCUGAAUUUGCUCAUUAUGUGAACGAAUUAAGAGAAAACGAAAACCAUGAGUUUCAGAAAGAAUAUAAUGCGCUACCAAAAGAUAUGAACAUUUCUUGGGAGGUGUCAAAGAAGCCGUUUAACAAGUCUAAAAACAGAUACGGAAAUAUCGUCACAUAUGAUCAUUCACGUGUGGUGCUAGAAGGAGACGAGAAAAACGAUUACAUCAACGCCAGCCACAUUGAUGGUAUCAACGAAGGCACCUACAUUGCAAGUCAAGGUCCGAGGGCGAAUACCGUGAACGACAUGUGGAGGAUGGUUUGGGAACAACGCAGUUAUUCCAUCGUGAUGGUUACCUCUCUCGUUGAACUUGGCAAGCCCAAAUGUGAAAAAUAUUGGCCGGACAACGGAAGUAAAAUGUAUGGUGAUAUUGAAGUAACCUUGAUGAAGACUGAAGAGUUUGCUUACCAUGUGACGCAUACCUUGGAAUUGAAAAAGGAUGACGAGGAACGCGAAGUACGUCAAUACUAUUUUCAAUCCUGGCCCGAUCAUGGUGUACCUAAAUAUCCCACUCAGCUCCUCGCAUUCAGAAGACAUUUUAGAACUUAUCACUUUGUUCAAUCAGGGCCCAUCAUUGUUCACUGCAGUGCUGGUGUUGGACGAACUGGUGUGUUUCUUACAAUUGACAUAAUCCUUGAUAAACUUGAGAAAGGCGCCAUCAAUUCCAUCGACAUUUUUGGAGAAGUCUGCGCUAUGAGAGAACGAAGAAUGAACAUGGUCCAGACUUUGGAACAAUAUAUAUUUAUCCACGAGGCAAUCUUGGAAACCGUGUUGUGCGGCAUGAAUGAAAUCGAUUCUACUAAAAUUCAGAAAGAAUUUGAAGCUCUUGCCAAUGUUAAAGCCAGUGGAAUGACAGGAUUUCAGGAGAAGUUCAAGCGGUUGGGAGAGGUUUCACCAAAACUCGUUCCAGAGGAAUGCACUGCGGCUUUGCUUGAAGGAAAUCGCAAGAAGAAUCGUCAUAAGAAUAUCUACCCUACUGAGAGCAAUCGUGUUCCUCUUCAAUACGUGGAUGGACAGGAGGAUUCAGACUAUAUCAAUGCUGUGUUUGUCCAUGGUUACCUUGGGCGAAAUUAUUUCAUCGCAACCCAAAGCCCUCUGCCAAAUACGAUCAACGAUUUCUGGCGACUGGUUCAUUAUCAGAAGUCGUCCACGAUCGUUUUACUAAGCAACGUCAAGGGUGGAACGUCCUUUCCGAAAUUCUGGCCAAACCAUAGAGGAGAGCCAAAGCAAUACGACAGUUUGACCGUUCAGUUGGACUCAGAGAAGGAGUCAAAUGGAAUUUGGACAAGAAAGUUUGUCCUAGCACCUUAUCCAGAUUUGUCAGAUGGACGUGUCGUGAAUAUUUUCCAUUAUACGAAGUGGCCGGACCACGGCGUACCUCCUGACGGAAAUGGCGUCAUCGCCCUGACGUCAUUGGUCGAGAAUUCUAGAAAGAGUCAUGGUCAUGGGCCAAUCAUAGUCGCAUGCAGCGAUGGGGCAGGACGAACAGGAACGUAUAUCGCCAUUUCAAACCUUCUGGAAAGAAUGAAGAUUGAACAAGCAAUGGACGUCUUCCAGGCGAUUAAAAUCAUCAGAGGAAUACGACCACAGUUUGUUGAAAAUGCUGAACAAUAUGAGUUCUGUUACACGGCCAUCAUGGCGUAUUUGGAUUCCUUUAGUGAAUACGCGAAUUUUGGCGAAUAAAGAAUAUACGCUGAAUUUUGUUUCAGUAAAAAUUACAAUUGUAUUUUAACGAGGAAAAUAAUUUGGUUUAAUACGCUUAAAGCUGAGACCAAUCUUACACAUUCAACCACACUGUAAAUAGUUUUAAACUAACUAUAGUUUAUAAAAAAUCUGGUCCGUCUGUAGGAGACCAAACGCACAAGUGUACAAACAGGUGCAACUAUGGGUAAUCGAUCCAAAAGCUUCAUUGUGUAAUAUGAAAUAGACUGAGGCCAGUGAUUGAGGUAGAUGAGACGAAAUGGAAUGGAUCGACACAAUUAAACGGAAAGCACAAACUAUAUAUAGAAAAUUUGUCAGAGCUAAUGAUAUAUAUGCAGGGAAAUAUUCUGGUAGUCUUUUAGCGCCGCAAAAUUCGCCAUGUGAGUGAAUUUACAUAAUAUUCGUUUUCAGAAUUUGAUGCAUCGCGAAUAGUCGAUGAAAGAGCUUCCCACGGAUAUAACAUCGCUAGUACGUAUUUUGCACUGAAUGGAAUGAAUGAGAAUAUUAAAUAAAGUUAAA